AUGUGGAGAAUCGGCUGGAUAGGAGACAGAGAAUUGCACGAAACAAAAGUGAAGAUCGGAGAAAGAUCUUUCACCGUUAAACAGAUCAUUGAUGCAACGAAAAAAUUUAGCCCCACGAGGGAGCUUGGUAGGGGGCGUUCUGGGAUAGUAUACAAGGCUGAACUGCCAGAUCUUACUGUAGCAGUGAAGAAGCUUGACUCAAAAUCAAAAGCAGUCUAUGAAAUAGCAAGCGAAGUUUAUGCAAAGAAGGUCUUGGACUUGAAACAUGACAACCUUGUCAAAUUGCUUUCUACUUAUUCCAAAAAGCGCCUACAUUUGCUAAUCUACGAACAUAUGGAACUUGGCUCACUUGGAAAAGUUUUAUUUAAUCCAAACUCUACAGUGCAACUUGAGUGGCCGAAAAGAUUUACUAUCUGCCGGGGUGUAGCAAAGGGUCUGAAGUAUCUACAUGAAAGGAAACCACAAAUAAUUCACAGAAACAUGAAAACCAAUAAUAUUCUGCUCGAUGCAAGUUUUAAUCCAAAAAUAUCUGACUUUGGAUUGGCGAAGCUUUACGAGGAGGAAAAUCCAUAUAUUGGGAUUGAAGCAAGAAAAGAUCUGUAA